GAUUAUACAACACACACAUCACAUGCCACAAAAAAAAAGUAAAAGUGAUGACCAGUGGUUAAUUUUAGUGAUAUGAUUCAUCAUUGGUGAAUGAAAGCAUCAUCGAACGAGCAACAGCCACAUAUAAAAUCUGUUGUUCGAUCAUUCGUUCGAAGUUUUCUUUUCAAUCAACUGAUGAUGAUGAUGAUGGCCAAAAUCAUAUUCCUGGUGAUAAUCCUGAUGAUGAUUGACAUUGGUCAAUCACAAUCAUCAUCGAUUUUCAAUGAUUCAAUGAUAAUUAAUCGACGUAAUGAUGAUCAACAACGAAAUCUAGAUCAACAGAUAAUUAAAUCGAUACCAAAAUUAAAUCUAGCAUCAUUUGGUAUUGAAAUUGGUGGUAAAAAAGUGAAUGAUGAUAAUGAUCGUAUCAAAACAGCCAAAAUUGAUGAUUCCAAUGUUUAUAAAACAAAUGAACGAAAUCGAUAUGGUAAUAUUGAUGACGAUGAUAAUAUUCGUCGUCGUAAUCGUGAACGUUUAGAAAAUUUUCGUAAUUCAUUACGUGAAAUUGAAUGGGAAUAUUUAGAUCGUAGACAAACAUCGACACGUCGUCCAUUAUCAUCAUCAACAACCACGACGACGACCACCACCACUACCACAUAUCGACCAAGACCAACAUCUAAAUCACCAAAUGAAUAUCCGAUUCGCGAUUGUCGACAAGAAUGUGUACCACAACAUUAUCUUCAACAUUAUUAUAUAAAAAAUUGUCGAUCAAUUUUCAGUCGUGAUUGUAAUUGUGCUAAACGUUUCAAUUGUCCGGAUGAUGUAAUCAAUUCGAAUGGAAUUGAUCGAAAACAAUCAAAAACAGCACGAACAAUUCUUGAUGAUGAUGAUGAUGAUAAUUAUUGUAUUCUUGAUAAUCGUAAACGAUAUGAAAUUGGACAAUCAAUACCGAUACCGAAUCAACCUUGUAGUGUUUGUCGUUGUCGUCAAGAUUAUUCUAUUCGAAUCAAUAAUAAUAAUGAUAAUAAUAAUAAUAGUGAUGGACGAAUACGAAAUCAACGAUCAUCAAAAACACGAAUCGAUUGUUCACAAAUAAUCGAUUGUCCUGAAUUAGCAUUCGGUGUUCGACCAAGUCGUCCAAAUUGUUAUUUUGCCUAUUCACAUGAUCGUUGUUGUGGUGUUGAGAUCUGUCCUGAUCAAUUAAAAUGGGAUGAUUAUCGCCAUAGUAAAUGUCGUUAUCAAAAUCGUACAUAUCGUUAUGGUGAACAAAUUGAUUUGAUUGAAAAUCGUUGUAAACAUUGUGUUUGUAAUGAACAUUGGAAUGAAUAUGAUCCAGAAUCUUCAACAGAAUCAUGUGUUGAUCAAACAUGUCCAAUCGAUUAUUAUUAUCGUCAGAAUUGUUUACCAAUUUAUCAGCCAGAUCGUUGUUGUCCUGUUGAUUAUAUUUGUCCAUGGCAACAAAAUAUUACCACUUCAAUGAUUGUUGACAAAAAUAAUAAUGAUUAUUUGUAUCGAAAAUAUUUACUCAAUCCGGAUUAUAUGGCUAAUGAAAAACCAAAUGGAAAUUCUAAAUAUCAUUGUUGGUUGAAUGGACAACAAUAUCGUUUAGGAAGUCGUAUACACAUCAGGAAAAAUUUGACAGAAUUUCAGAUCAAAUGUGCAAUGUGUCAAUGUAAAAUUCCACCAUUAAUGACAUGCGUUAUUAAUGAUAGAUGUUUUAUUGACAACGAUAAUUGAAACGUUUUAUAUUUUUAUUUCUAAGAAACUAUUUAACACAUUAUGAUUA